CUAUAAAUAAGUUCGAUGAAGUCAAAAAAUAAUAACGCAAGUGUAAACAGCAUGAAGAAAAUUUUGCUACUAGCUUUAUCCCUAUCUAUUUUAUGGGGGCAUUCAUUGUGCAAGUUGACAGACAGAUGUAAUGACGAAAACUGUAAAAUCGAGGAUGAUUGUCGUUGUGCAUCAACUAUUAAUCCUAUCAACGAUCUAGAUGACCCCGCACCACAGCUUAUAGCAUUAGCAUUUCGUGAAGCAGCAACCUCCGUGUUUUUGGAUAUUACAUCUUUUCUAUUCGAUUUACGAAACCCAGAUGGUAUACAGAUAGGAGCAACUUUUUAUCCUCCAUUUGAAUAUACAGAUUUUUCUGUCGUACAGACCUUAUAUUUACAAGGAUUUGAAAUUGGCGUUUGCAGUAAUUGUUCUCGGGUACCGAAUGUAGUAGAUAAACUGGGAGGAGUAAAAUCAGCUAUUUCGUACUUUGCGAAUCUGCCUAAAGAAGACAUUUAUGGAAGUACAAGUUCUGUAUUCUGGAAUCCAAAUUUCACGUAUGAUGGGCUUCAAAGCGAUGGGAUUUUGUAUGACAGUUCUUGGCCAUUAAACGAGAUUUUACCUUUCACCUUGGAUUAUUUACCAACAAAUGUGCAAAUACCAGUUAACAAAACGUAUCCACAUUUUUGGUUGGUACCUACUAAUCAGUGGUCGGUAAAGGGUUAUACCUGUUUAAGUCUUCUGGAAUGUUUUACUGGCGAUAGUUCCGAAGACAUUGCUGCCUCGUUAGUAGAACAGAUCGACCUUGUCCGGAACUACAAUCGAGCACCUAUAGUUUUGGAAAUAUCCACAUCUUGGUUUCGCAUUAAUGAGAAUGCGUUAGAUGGAUUUCUCAUUUUUUUUGAAAAAAUGCUGGAGAAAAAAGAUGUCUUUUUUGUUUCCGUUGGGGAUAUAGUACAGUGGAUUAAAAAUGCUGUUUCUGUUAGCAAAUUUAAGUCUUCUGUGUAUAAUAGAACUGGUGACUGUUCAAAUAUUAUGUGCAAUUAUACUUUACCUGACGGGAGUCUGAGAUACUUACGGUCAUGCACUGAUUGUCCCUAGAUCGUUAGUAAAACUUAAAAGCUUCGGAAAUUAUAGACAAUAUUUAUAUCAAGGACGCAAAAAGGCUUCUUCAUGUUCAGAUCUUUUACGUAACUUUCCAUCACAACUCUUCUUUCCAGUUCUUCCUUUAUUCCUCUCCAUCAACAAACUUUUCCUAGUAUUUUAUUUUCCCUCAUUUGUAUUUUUGUGUUCUUUUUUUGUCAGCAUCCAUAUUUGCCAUGUACCAAAAUAAAUAAUAUAAAAUAACAUACAUCUGUACUUGUGGUUUAUGAAUCCGACUUGAACUUUUCUCCUAGCAUCCAGAUUUUAGGAUUUUUUCUCAGUAGAUAAAUUUGUAUGCAGCCUUGAAAUAUAUGUUUCAAACUUACUUUUUCGAAAUCCCCAUUGAUAUUCUCAUAAUAGGUUUUCUACUAUUUUGUCUAAUUGUCCAACAGUACUAGUCCCCUACAAUCGAUACAUUCCGUAAUUAUUAGGAUGAUAUUUGGAAAUUAGAAUACAAGACGUUCAAUUUAAGUAGAAGCAUAAAAAGAGGUGUUCCGCAAGGCUCAGUGAUGGGUCCUUUGCUGUUUAUAUGUAUAUCAAUUAUAGACCCAGUUUUGUGAA